CCUGCCUGCGGAGCAUCCCUGCCUCUGGAGCAUCCCUGCCUGCGGAGCAUCCCUCCCAUCCGGAGCAUCCCUCCUAUCCAGAGCAUCCCUGCCUCCGGAGCAUCCCUCCCAUCCGGAGCAUCCCUGCCUCCGGAGCAUCCCUCCCAUCCGGAGCAUCCCUGCCUCCGGAGCAUCCCUCCCAUCCGGAGCAUCCCUGCCUCCGGAGCAUCCCUCCCAUCCGGAGCAUCCCUGCCUCCGGAGCAUCCCUCCUAUCCGGAGCAUCCCUCCCAUCCGGAGUGUCCUCUAGCCAGGAGCACCCCCAGCCAGCCCCAGAGUGCUGGGAGCACCCUGCUCUGGGAGCUGGGACAGAGUCAGGGCCUCUCGAACUACAACUCCCGUGAUGCCCCGCGCCGGUUUUGGCGCGCUUUCCGUUCCCCCCUCACGGAAGGCCGCCAUAAUGGCGGCGGCUCCGCACCGAGAUGGAGCUGCAGCUCCCCGCCGUCCCCCCCCCGGCCGUGCUCCGCAGACUCUACUCCGGCCCCGGUUUGGGAAUUCAUCAUCCGCCACGUCAAGAACUCCAGGAACGUGAAGAAGAUUCGGGGAAACCUGCUCUGGUACCAACAGGAGCUUGAGACCGCGGUUAGUCCUCCGGGCCGCCAGGGGGCGCUGCGCGAGGCGGUGUCGCGCAUGCGCGCCGAGGUGCGGCGCAUGGACCAGGCGCUAGGGGGCGCUCAGGAGGCGGCGCUGCGGCUCGAGGAGUUGCUGAGGGCGGGGCAGAGCCACUUGUGGGUGGAGCGUCACCGGGGGGCGGAGCUUCGCCUGCUGGGGGCGGAGCUGGCGCCAGAGGGGCUGCAGGGCCUCCAGGGGGCACUGAGGGUGCCCCGGGACAGGCCCCACCGCACAAGGGCGGAGCUUUCGGCUGCCAUGGCAAUGGGGGCGGAGCCUGAGGUGCUGGCCUCGAUCCGGAGCCUGUGCAUGAGCAGGGAGGGGGAGGAGUUCCUGGAGCCCCGCCCACCAACCAGGGAUCCACAGGAGCUCCGCAAGGAUUGGCUGGAAAAGGCUGAGGCCGAGCUGGGCCGGUACCACCCCGAGGAGGUUCUGUGGGCAUUGGAGGCUCUGGCCAAUCACAGCACGAGGAUGUUGAGGGCAAGCCCCGCCCCUUCACCUGAGGCUCCGCCCACCACAAAGGAGCUCAUCCAGGAGGGUUGCAUGCUCGUGGGGGGGAUUUGGGGGUCGUUGCCCCCCCUCAUUUUCCAACUCAACCAACUCCAGCGGAACCUCAAUGAGCUGGUCCCAAAACUGGGGGGGGACCCCAACAUCAGGCUGGCCCUGACCCGGGCGUAUCUGGGGGGGGUCCGGGGGUCCCUGACCCGGAGGGUGCAGGAGCUGAGGGGGGGUCUGGGGGACCCCCAAACCCCCCCCGGGGGUGCUCCGGCAGCGCCUGCGGCGGGGGAGGCGCAGAGUGCUCCAGCGGCAGCGGCGGCUGCGGCUCCUCAGCGCUGCCACCAGGGGGCGCCAAGCGCUGCUGCGGAUCCUGCAGGGACAGGUCCGUUCGGCGGCAGGGGCGGGGCCCGGCUCGGCCCCUCCCCUGCUGGAGAGGGAGGGGCGUCGCCGGCGCCUCUUACUGGGAGCACUGGGAGAGCCCCUCCCCCACCCGGGCCCCUCCCCCCUCGACUCUCUGAGGCGGAGCCUGGGAUUGGGCCCCGAGCAGGUGGGACCUCCCCGCCCAGCACAUCCAGGCCACGCCCCCCGGCCGCAUCCCGUUCUCCCAUUGGCUGGAGCGCUGGAGGGGGGCGGUACUGUCCUUGGCCACGCCCACACCGGAAGAAGGGGAGGAGCCAGAGGAGCCCCGCCCAUGAGGGGGGAGAGGGUUCUGGUUGUCAAUAAAGGUCUUGCAGAUGAGG